CCCAAGUACCAAUUCUUAUUAUCUCCAUAUUCUAUUCCACAACGCCAUUCCAAAUUUCAAACAACCAAAUACCAAUACCCCAAACACAAUCUCCUUUUAAUAACCCACAUUCAUCAUGACUGGACGCGGAAAGGGUGGCAAGGGUCUCGGAAAGGGUGGCGCUAAGCGUCAUCGCAAGAUUUUGAGAGACAACAUCCAAGGCAUAACUAAGCCAGCUAUUAGACGUCUCGCACGUCGUGGUGGUGUCAAGCGUAUCUCAGCCAUGAUCUACGAAGAGACCCGUGGUGUUCUGAAGAGCUUCUUGGAGGGUGUUAUCCGCGACGCUGUCACAUACACUGAGCACGCGAAGAGAAAGACUGUCACAUCCCUCGACGUUGUCUACGCACUCAAGCGCCAAGGACGUACUCUCUACGGUUUCGGUGGUUAAACGGUUGCAUAUUUACGGUUCUUUUCUACGUCUUUAUGAAUUUUCUUCCUCGGCUUGUUGUGUCGGAAGAUGGGUGUGUUACGGAAAUGGGUCUUUGCUUUCAGGUGUUUAUUGUAUCAUAAGGAUAUUGGGGUAUUCCGGCAUGGUUGGUCCAUGAGAUAAUCAAAACCAUCAAAACACAAUUCUUGAUCUUCAUAUAUCUGUUCCAACUCGUGAUGGUGUUUCUGUACGCGUCUUUCGGUGUUAUUGUUGUUUCUUGGCAUUAAAUGUGAAUGACGUGCCAUCCUUGGGUGGUACCACUUU